AACGAACCGUCCUGGCGGCCUCAGGAGCGGCAGCGUUCUGUCCCGGUGCGGGGACAGCCGUGGCUCUCCAGCCCGGCGUUGGGGCGCCAGCGCAGCGUUGGUUUUGCUCUCCUCCAGGCUUCGUGCGUGCAGUACCGUUUGGUGGUGCGGGAUGCGAGGACCCUCCAGAUCCUCCAGCUGUACACUUGCCUGGAUCAGAUCCAGUACAUAGAGUGGUCGUCGGACUCGCUGUUCAUCCUGUGCGCCAUGUACAAGCGCGGGGUCGUUCAGGUCUGGUCCUUGGAGCAGCCAGACUGGCACUGUAAGAUAGACGAGGGGUCGGCAGGACUGGUGGCUUCAUGCUGGAGUCCGGAUGGUCGUCACAUUCUCAACACAACCGAGUUCCAUCUGCGGAUAACUGUGUGGUCCUUGUGUACGAAAUCUGUAUCUUACAUCAAGUAUCCCAAAGCCUGUCAGCAGGGGAUAGCUUUCACGAAGGACGGCCGCUACAUGGCAGUAGCAGAAAGACGUGACUGCAAGGACUUCGUUAGCAUCUUUGUGUGCAGCGACUGGCAGCUCCUGAGGCAUUUUGACACCGAAACGCAAGAUCUGUUUGGGAUUGAAUGGGCUCCUAAUGGCUGUGUUCUGGCAGCGUGGGAUACGUGUCUGGAGUAUAAAAUACUACUGUACUCCCUCGACGGCAGACUGCUCUCCACCUAUCGGGCCUACGAAUGGUCGCUAGGCAUCAAAGCCAUCGCCUGGAGUCCCAGCAGUCAAUUUUUGGCAAUUGGCAGCUAUGAUGAAAAGGUGCGUAUCUUGAACCACGUCACUUGGAAGAAGAUCACAGAGUUUGAGCACCCAGCAACCGUUGCGAGCAGCAAGACCAUUGUGUAUAAAGAAGUGGAGAAAUCCCCAUCUGUUGAAACAGAGAGACUUUCUUUCCCUCCAACAAGAGCACUGGCUAGUUCUCUCUUCAGCACACAAAGUAAAUAUGACGUUUCCCAAGUACCAGUUUCUUUACAGCAUAUCAAACCAGUUGCUGACAGGGCCAAUCCCAAAAUGGGAAUCGGGAUGUUGGCAUUCAGUCCAGAUAACUGUUUCCUGGCAACCAAAAAUGAUAACAUUCCUAACGCGGUGUGGAUCUGGGACGUUCAGAAGCUGAAACUGUUUGUAGUUUUGGAGCAGCUGUGUGCCGUCCAGUCCUUCCAGUGGGACCCGCGCCAGCCCCGCCUGGCUGUGUGCACAGGGAACAGCAAAGUCUACCUGUGGUCGCCCGCCGGCUGCGUGUCGGUGCAGGUGCCCAUGGAGGGCGACUUCCAGAUCGUGUCUCUCUCCUGGCACUGCAGUGGAGACUCCGUGGCACUUCUGAGCAAGGACAACUUUUGCGUGUGCUACUUAGAAAGAGAAGAGGUAAAAUAACAAUCAUUUGCAUUAAAAAUGCUCACCCAUUUGAGGAAGAAUGAGGAAAGGGGUCAAACCCUGUUGCCCGAUCUGAAGUUUUUGUAUUUAUAAAUUAUUUAUUUGAAGGAGCGUACUCAACCUCCGCUCUGAAGUACUGUGAUUGCGUUUGAAUGAGGUGACGCAGCAACUAAUGUGUAGAGGACGAAGUCUGGAUUGCAAGAAAACUUUUUAGCGUUGAUUAACUUUCUCUUGAAUUUUGUCAACUACAAACCCUUGUUUUCUAAAGUUGUAGCUGUGUGUAUAUAAUGUAUAGCUCUUAUUUAAGUUUUAUAAUUGCCAAUAAAUAUUUUGAUAGUUACAAACUUGGUAUGACUCUCACUAUGCACCCGCACUCCUCUGUUCUAGCCUCUGCUUCUGUGCUACCAGAGCUGAGAUCCUGGGGCCCUUUAUCCCAGCCCAAGGAAACGGCCGCUCGCGCACAACAGUGUACAGCUUGUAUCUGGUCUUGCAAGACAACAGGUUUUAAUGGUGUGUGAGAAUUAAAUGUUGUGGCAGAAGUAGAUGCAUCAGUAAGACACUUGCUAGCAAAUCAGUUGUUAAAGCAAAACAAGUUCUUGGUUCAGAAAGCAAAUGAAAUCGUCUGUAAAAAUUUUGCUUUUCCAGACUGGGAUGUUAACAGGUGAUGGUAAUUGUGCCUGGCCUACCAUAAAUUUAUUAUACUGACCCUUUACAAAAAGGAUCAUAACUGAUACUUGAGAAUUAUAUAUUCCAGGCAGCUGAAAUGGGAGGUUUUGACCCAAAGUGGAGCGGCCAGUUCAGCCAGGAGAGAGCCGUGGGAGCGUCCUUUACCCUGCCACCGAGUAGCCAGCCACCGUGUUCUUCGCAGGCAGGGAGCCCGCUGGUCAGGAAUUCACUGGGUGUUUUUAAUUCUGCUAUUAAUUUCAGCCUCCACAAAAUGAAGAAGGAAAAACAAAGUGGGUUGAAAUUUAACUUUACUGCAAGAUUAAUGAAAAUAGACAUCUUAAAAAAUGCAUUGAGAGGGGCAUGCAAACUGCUGCAUUCCAUCCUAAGUUUCCUAAACACACAUCUACUUUAAGUUCGAUAAGAACCGCAGCGGCACAGCGUUCCUUCGGCACUGUAGUUGCACGGAUCAGGGCUCUGAUAAAACGGCGUGUGUAAGUCAUACUCCAUGGCAAAGCUUGUCAGAGUCACCUCAUUUCACUUGUUGUGUCUCUGACGCUGCUUCUGAGUUUCCUCACUGGACCUUUGGUGAGAUCUGGUGCAAGGAUAUGUAAUUAAGACUGACGUUCAGGGCUUCAAAUUUUCUCUGUCUCCGUUAAGUUCUGCACUGCUGCUGUCCCAAACUAUAGAUUUAAACAAAAUUGCUUAAGAAUAUAAAUCUAAUCAAAAUAGAAUUCCUAUUCAGUUUUAUAAAUAGUAGCUUUGAAGGCAAAUGUGUUUGUGAGGCCUUUGGCAAUAUUCUCUCAAGGCUUUUUUUCUUGCUGCAGCCAUAGAAUGCAUACAUAAGAAACUAGUAAGUUAGGCUCGGUUCUUAGAGGGAGGUAAAAAGCUAAUAAAUGUAUAUUCAGCCAUAUAGUUCAGUUUACAAAUAGCUCACGUGCUUCUGAGCAGACGAAACAGCACAGCUUGGGCAACAUUUGCUGACUCUGUUUUGCUAAAGAAUGACUGACACAGCUUUCAAAAUUCUGAACAGGCACUAAUCAAAAUGCAAAGAUUACUGUAAUUGUGAACACUAACGCCUCU